AUGGCAACUAGACCUCCAACCUUGACCGAGAUUCUACUUGAUGCCUCCCCGCCCCCCUGGACACUGAGUGCUUUCAUGGCAUAUCUUUCACAGAACCAUUGUAUGGAAACCCUGGAGUUCACCCUUGACUCUCAGCGAUAUGCAGCCUUCUACGACCAGCUUGCCGCAGAAAACCCUCCGUCGCUGGAAAGCAAUGCGCGCGUCUGUGGUUUGUGGGACAAACUCAUGGAAGUCUACAUUGUUCCCUGUGCGCCCAGGGAAGUGAAUAUUCCUGCCCGCGUUAGAGAUCGUCUGUUAAGUCUGCCUAGCGGUCCGGCUGCUCCGCAUUCCGCAGAAUUGGCAGAGGCCGGUCGAAUUAUUUAUGAGCUUAUGAAUGACUCCCUAUUGGUUCCGUUCUUGCAGUCUGUCGCCCCUCUUCAUUUCACUGGCCAAAAUGACGAUAGUGGCCACCACAGCCACCGAUCUCAAAACGCUGUCCGUCAAUCAGACCAAACCCAGCGCUCGGUAGCUUCUCCUCAUUCAGCAGACUUUGACAGCCUCACCGAUGAUAGUGACAGCAACUCACCGUCCGCGCCAGAACCCAUUACUCCUCCGACUACUCCUCCGACUUCAGAGUACACGUUCAACUCUUCUCCAGGCGGCUUCCAACGUGCCAUGGCCGCGCAUAAUAAAGGUUGGAAAAAAGUGGGCGAAAAAUUGGGAUUCAGUCGCAAAGCCUCUAGCCGUCGGUCAACCCCCACAUCCUCAUCCUCCGAUUAUGACGCGGCUCUCAGGGAAUCAAGUCAUAGCCACGCAUGA